UGUAGAUUGAUUUUACGAUUUAAUUUGACUUGUAGGUGAUAAUUAAAAACAAACUUGUUUAUGUUGUUGUUUAUUAGUAUUUAAAGAAAAAAUGUUAAAGAUGACAGUAACACGUAUGCUUCUCUUGUGUUUAUUUGGUAUUACGUUAUAUUGUUCAAUCAAAUUAAUUUAUGGUGACGAAAGUGAUAUUUUAAGUGAAACUGUGCUUCAAGUUCAUGUGAUUUUUCGACAUGGAGACCGAAUGAUUGAUGAAACUGAAUCCUACCCAAAUGAUCCAAAUAUAAAUAUCGACUUUUAUCCAUUAUCACUUGGACAACUGACAAACAAUGGCAAACUUCGAGCAUAUCGUUUAGGUCAAAUGCUGCGUAAACGUUAUAACAAUUUUUUGGGUGAAUUUUAUAAUUCAGAAAUUGUUCAAACAAUAUCAACUGAUUAUGAUCGUACAAAAAUGAGUGCACAAUUGGUUUUGGCUGGAUUAUUUCCACCCGUAAAAGCUCAACAAUGGGAUCAUCGGCUGCUGUGGCAACCAAUACCAACAGCAUAUAUAACAGAAAAAGAAGAUACGUGGUUUGAUCGGCCCAUCACAUAUUGUCCAGUUUACCGUGAGGAAUAUUUAAAAUUUUCCCAAGCAAUCAGUGAGGAUAUUUUGACAGAAAAUCAAGAUUUAAUGGAUUAUAUUUAUGAAAAUUCAGGCAAACGUAUAACUAGCAUUCACAGUUUGUUUAAUAUGCAACAAACUCAAUAUGUCGAGGAACAAAUGAAUCUUACAUUACCAAAUUGGGUAAGAAAUAUUUAUCCAGAGCCAUUGAGCACAUUGGCAGCGAAACAAAUUGAACUUGAAAGCUAUACCCCACUAUUAAAACGUUUAAAUGGCGGUAAUUUCCUCCGUAAAAUAAUAACAGAUAUUCAAGAUAAAAUUGAUGGUAAUUUAGAACCUCAGGGUCGUAAGAUAUAUUUAUAUUCUGGACAUGAGACAAAUGCCGUUAACAUGUUAGUAGCAUUGGAUGUUUGGGAUAAUCAAGUGCCUUUAUUUAGUUCUGCUACAAUUAUUGAAUUAAUUCAUCGUGUUCAAAGCAAUGAAUAUGGUUUGAGAAUUUACUACCACGAUCAACGAUCGGAUUAUCCCAAACUUAUAAAAAUUCCUGGAUGUUUAGGCAGUUUUUGUGAAAUUAAUAGAUUCCUUGAAGUAGCCAAAGAUAUUAUUCCAGAUAAUUAUACUUUGGAAUGUGGAUCUGAAGUCGAUAUCCAUACAUUUCCAAAAUAUUGAAACAAAGAAUAUUCGAAUUCGUUUUUGUACUAUUUUUUUUAAGAAUAAAGUGUUAAGUGGUUAUAACAACUACCUGAAUAAAUUAUUUAAAUCCCUGCGUUAUUUUGAGUUUUAAUAUUUAUAAUUAUUAAAAUUGGUAAUUGUUGUAUUGUUGGAUUGGGAAGGGUAUCAUUACUUAGGAUU